AUGAACACUUUGCUAGAUCAAAGAAACAAUGAUGAUAAUGGCGACGGUAAUCUCAAUAACAGUUCAACUUUAACUUCCGAUGAAGUCCAAAUCACAAUAACAGAAUCAGCUUUAUUUUCACCAAACAAUAUAAGUCAUAACAACGAUCUCAACAGCAUCGAUGGCGAUUUUUAUAAAGCUAACUAUUCAGAUGAAAAAUUACCAAGCUAUUCAAUCAUAUCAAAAGAUAUGCCACCAAAUUAUAACAAAGACGAAGAAGCUUAUGAACACAGACACAGUAGUAAUAGCAAUGGCGAUAGUCAUAGCAGUUGUAUUGGAAACAUUAAACCUGGAUCUUGGCCAAUAACAAAGAAUCUUUACAUUUAUGGAUUUUUGUUUUGGCCGUUAUGGUUUUUUGGCACAUUUUUUUAUUUUUUUGAUAAAAGUUUGACAGAAAAAACUUGGGCAAAGAGGUGUUUGAUGAAUUCAAUUAUGGCAUAUGAAACAUAUCGUUCUACGUUAACUUCGUAUCCAAAGACUUUACUAGGUACCAUGUUUGCUGAUAGAAACAAAUGUUUAUUGCGUCCAAUCAAUGAUAAUGAAUAUUUCAUUGAUCGUAAUGCAACAACACCAAUUAUUCCUGAUGCAAAAUUAAUAACAAGAGAAGAAUUAGAAGAAGAAUUACAUUAUUUUCAAAUACCGUUAUCAUGCAUUUGGACAUCGUUAAAACAAAGAGCAAUUUCUUACAAGAUUGAUUUAUUUGUCGAGGCAUUGAGAGACGUUUAUUUCGAGAUAUUAAGUGAAUUCGAAACAAAAGUAGAAAUAAAAUUUAGGCGUAAUAAACUUCAACCACACAUAGUAACAUUUAGCAGUGAUUCUUCCGAUCUAAUUUGCAAAUUAAUACUAAAUAUCAUAAAUCCAUUUGAAAGUUGCGGUUAUACUUUACUAGACAAAUUUGGUACGGAAAUUGGUUGUUAUUUAAAAAACACUAUUCCUGAUCUACAUUGGGAAUUAAGUCAUGUUGACAAUUUUAAUUGGUAUUGUGUUAAAAUGUUUUCUACUGAAAGUUUCAAUUAUGAAUCUAUUUUACAAAAUUCUUGUCUUGGAAAUAAUAAUAUUCAUCAUCGUAUAAUUGAUGAUUAA